GAUGCUAUGCAAUAAGAGCGAGGAGCUACGACGACGCUGUGAACGUACGGAGAAGAGGCGGCCGACCGUUGAUUGGUCAACCAAGGGGCCCCUCACGAAACCACUGGCCAUCCCCGACAUUGGACGGGCCAUGACCGUUAACCAUGACCGUCCACUGAUUCUCGAACCUCGCUCUGGUUUUCUUUUCAGUUCGAUAGAGAGAGAGAGAGAGAGAGAGAGAGAGAGAGAGAGAUACAUUCUCGUCUCAACUCGACUCGAAGCUGUUCAAGAAGGCGUCGUUCCCGUAGGUCCUUCUGUAAGUCGCAUAUUCCUCUCGCUGAACCGAAGGGCAAUAACGAAAGCUGAUUCGGCCAUGUCGAGCACCGCCGGACUGGUGAUUCCCUGCAAAGCGGCGGUGGCGUGGGAAGCAGGGAAGCCGCUGGUGAUACAGCAGGUGGAGGUGGCUCCGCCGCAGGCCAUGGAAGUGAGGAUGAAGGUCAAGUACACCUCGCUCUGCCACACCGAUCUUUACUUCUGGGAAGCCAAGGGUCAGACGCCAUUAUUUCCUCGCAUUUUUGGCCAUGAAGCUGCUGGGGUGGUGGAGAGUGUUGGAGAAGGGGUGACAGAUGUUGCAGUUGGGGAUCAUGUGCUUCCAGUGUUCACAGGGGAGUGUGGAGAAUGUAGGCAUUGCCAGUCUGAGGAAAGCAACAUGUGCGAUCUCCUAAGAAUCAAUACCGACAGAGGCGUUAUGCUUAGUGAUGGGAAAUCUAGAUUUUCCAUAAAUGGUUCACCAAUAAAUCACUUUCUGGGCACAUCCACUUUCUGUGAAUAUACAGUUGUUCACGCAGGCUGUCUAGCAAAGAUUAACCCUCUUGCACCUUUGGAUAAAGUCUGUAUUCUCAGUUGCGGCAUCUCCACCGGAUUAGGAGCCACAUUGAACGUUGCGAAGCCGAAACAAGGUUCCUCUAUUGCUAUAUUUGGACUGGGAGCUGUCGGCCUAGCUGCUGCAGAAGGUGCUAGAAUUGCAGGUGCAUCAAGAAUUAUUGGAGUUGAUUUGAAUCCUAACAGGUUUGAGGAAGCCAAGAAGUUUGGAGUGACUGAAUUCAUUAACCCAAAGGAUCAUGAUAGACCUGUUCAACAGGUUAUUGCUGAAAUGACUAAUGGUGGUGUUGAUAGGAGUGUGGAGUGCACUGGCAACAUCAAUGCCAUGGUUUCAGCUUUUGAAUGUGUUCAUGAUGGAUGGGGUGUGGCUGUGUUGGUUGGAGUCCCUAACAAAGAUGCGGUUUUCAUGACAAAGCCCAUCAAUGUUCUCAAUGAAAGAACGCUCAAGGGGACAUUUUUUGGGAACUAUAAACCUCGGAGUGAUCUUCCUUCUGUCGUUGAUAUGUACAUGAACAAGAAACUGGAGUUGGAUAAGUUUAUUACUCAUCGAGUGCCUUUCUCCGAAAUCAAUAAGGCCUUCGAUUGGAUGGUGAAGGGAGAGAGCUUGAGGUGCAUCAUCAGUAUGGAAGAGUAGGAUUGGUGUUGGAUGAUCAUGAAUUAUCUCUCCUUAUGUUGGUGCUAAUAACUUAUCUUUUUCCAUCGUGAGAUAAUGACAUUUAAAAGAACAUGCAGCUAUUGAGGCGCCUCAUAUAUUUGUGGCCUUCUUUUUCAUAUGAGAAGCAAUAAGAGUGAAGUUCCCAGA